AUGUCCAUGUCCCUGCCCAGCGAUCUUCCACCGUCUCCGCCUCUGACGCCCAAGUCAUCUCCCACCGACGACGUCGACGCCCUCCUCAGCGCGCUCCGCCUCGUCGCACGAGGCCGGUUGCCAUCUCCGCGGCGCGACCAGUACUCCUUCCCUCUUCCGCCAGCUGCCUGGCCCAUUUUUCAGGCGCGCCUGUCCGCCGAGGCGCCGCUGUUGGCGUGGUUCACCGCGCACGCGCGAUACGACUACACCCCCGACCCCGACGGCACUUUUGUGCUGCGGAUGCCUGGCAAGGUUCACGAGAACUUCAUUGCAAGCUUCAACUCCUAUGUCGUGCGCGAAAUCUUGCCCAAGCUGUCAGCACUGGACGAGCGAUUGAGCGGCCUAGGUUUGGGAGGUAGUCGCACUUUGUCCUUUGAGCCGGAGCAGCGCGGAGCUGCCGAAAGCGCCGAGGACCAAGAGGUCGAUGAAGGAUCUCGAGUGCAAGAGCAAGCUGUCCAGGACAAACAAUCUCGCCCAAAGACGACCCUAGACAGGAGUCCAGACACAUGCAUCGUCUACAAUGGCCGCGACUACCACUACAAAUGGCCUGCGCUGGUUGCGGAGGUCAGUUAUACCCAGCAACGUCGAGCGCUGCCCCAUCUGGCCGACGACUACAUACUAGAAACCAACUUUCAAAUUCGCUGUGUCCUAGCAUUCGAUGUCCCAGACCGGCAGCACCCUAAAACGAAAGAUACCGACAUGACGGCUGUCGUCUAUCUCUGGCGACCAGGCUUCAAUGCCGAGGAAGAAGCCAUUAGUGAAGCUCAUGUCGAUGCGGUGCCCUUUCGCAGCGCUGACGGUAAGCCAUGCGACGGCGAGCUCACCAUCGAGAUGGCCGACUUGAUACCGAAUCCAAUCUACCAGGAUCUUCCGCAGCGAAUACAGGAAGCAUGUCCGAAGUUUACAAUUUCCUUCGCCCAACUUUCGGAGUGGCUCGAUUCUGCCGAACGCGAGACGUUCGUCCCUAACAUGCCUCCGCUAGCGCGAAAACGAAGGCGAGCUCUCACGCCCGAGGAAGUGCUCGGCGAUGAGCGCGAGAGAAAGUUUCGGAAACAAGAGCAGGUCGCGGAUGCUUUGACAGCGAAGGGAGAUGGGACUUGGAAAGGGACAACCACGGGUCGGACCAAAGCUCCUAUAACGCCGAGGAUGAGGCAAAGCGAACGGCUGAACCCGAAGGAUUGA